AUGCCGGAUAUCCGUUCUUUUUUCGGGGCCAAGGGCGGUGCUCCGGCCUCUUCAAAGCCAGUUUCAAAGAAGACGGCCGAAGAACCGCCAAAGAAACGUACCAAGGGACGAAAGGUUGUGGAUGAUAGCGAUGAAGAUGAAGAUGAGGAUGUAGUUGCAGAGACAAAGAAACCAACUACAAGAUCUACUCCUAAGAAAGUGGCCGACAAGGUGCAAGGGACAGCUACUACGGCGAGUGAAUAUUUCGCAUCGAGCAAGUCGAAGAAUCAGCCAACUGCGAAACCUGAUAUAAAACCACAGUCGCAGCCAAAGCCCAAAGUUGAAGUUCGGUCGAGUCCGAGAAACAAGAAGACCAUAGCAAGGGACGUUGCAACCCUAAGCAAGGAUGAUGAGACCACGCCAAAGAAGCGCCCUGCGAGCAAACUUAAACGAUACGACUUAGAUGAGGAGGAGGAUGAAUUCAUGGACGACGACGCAGAUGCCGGUGACGACAUAUUCGCUGCGGACGCUAAGAGUCGUAAUAAGCGAAAGAACGAUGAUUACGCUGAGGAGGAUAGUGAAGAAGACUUCCUUCCCAAACCGAAGAGAAUUGCUUCUCGUGCCAAACCAGCAGUUGAGGAUAACAAGCCUACUACGUCAAAAUCUUUGAAGAGUAAUGUGGCCUCCAAUUCGGCGAAGAAGAGGAAGACACCCGAGUCUGAACCUAGUGAGGAAGAAGAUGACGACGACGAACCUCCGUCCCGUAAGAAGCCAGCAGCGAAGAAACCUAGGGCGCCGAGAGCCAAGAAGGUGGACGAACCAGAAAACGCAGAGAUCCAAGCGAUAUUGGACGAUAUCCCUACAGUUAGGCCACCGACGCCGCCAGCCAAGGACCCCGAUGCCAAGUUUGACUGGAGAAAGGCGGCAGCAGGCGGGGGAAAUAGUGGUCCCCCACCGAAUCCAAUUGCGGAAUUACCCGAGGGUGAGGAAGAUUGUCUUGCUGGCCUAAACUUUGUUUUCACUGGGCAGUUGACUACUAUUGCUCGCGAGGAAGCUCAAUCGUUGGUAAAGCGACAUGGUGGAAAGAUCACUGGUGCUCCAAGUAGUAAAACUAGCUACGUGGUACUAGGUGAGGAUGCUGGACCGAGUAAGCUUGCGAAAAUCCGCCAACAUGGUAUCAAGACGAUCAACGAGGAGGGCUUAUUCGAGCUCAUUCGUCGCUUACCCGCCGGAGGCGGAAAUGGAAAAAAUGCCGAAAAAGCCCGGGAAAAGAAAAGACUAGAGGAGGAAAAGGUCAAAGAAGAAGCCGCCCAGAUGGAACGAGAAGAAAAGGCCCGAAAGGUUGAGGCCGAGAAAGCACGGAAAGCAGCCGUCGCACGAGGCGCUGGUCCUUCUCCGGCAGCGCCAGCCCCCAUUUCUCAGCUAUGGACCGUGAAAUAUGCUCCAACCCAGCCAAAUCACAUAUGUGGUAAUAAAGCAGCGGUUGAGAAGAUCCAAUACUUCUUGAGGAACUGGCAUAAAACACGUAAAUACCAGUUUAAGAAGCUUGGCCCAGAUGGCAUCGGUGGCUUUCGCGCCAUUAUCCUUUCCGGCCCCCCAGGUAUUGGCAAAACAACAGCUGCCCAUCUAGCUGCUAAGCUUGAGGGUUUCGACGUUAUAGAGAGCAACGCUAGUGAUACGCGUAGUAAAAAGCUUGUGGAAUCUGGAGUUAGUGAAGUUAUGAAUAACACAUCCUUGCGUGGCUACUUUGCAGGAGAUGGGAAGAAGGUAGACGAGGAGAAAAAGAAUAUUGUCCUUAUUAUGGACGAAGUUGACGGAAUGUCUGCUGGCGACCGUGGAGGUGUGGGUGCUCUUGCGAAGUUCUGUAAAAAGUCUGACGUGCCUCUGAUUCUUAUUUGCAACGAGCGAGGAUUGCCUAAGAUGAAGCCCUUCGAUUCCGUGGCGUUCAACAUCAAGUUUCAACGCCCAACAAUCGACCAGAUCCGCUCGCGUAUGAUGACUAUCUGCCACAGAGAAGGGCUGAAAGUGUCGCCGCAGGUGCUUGAAGCGCUCAUUGAAGGCAGUAACCGGGAUAUCAGGCAGAUUGUUAAUAUGCUAUCCACAAUCAAGCUAGAUCAGACCUCUAUAGAUUACAGCCAGGGAAAGGAUAUGUCGAAGGCUUGGGAAAAGUCGAUAGUGCUGAAGCCGUGGGAUAUCUGUCAUAAACUGCUCGGCGGCGGUUUAUUCUCCCCCGCAAGCAAGGCGACUCUUAACGACAAGAUUGAGCUCUACUUCAACGAUCACGAGCUCAGCUACUUGAUGGUACAAGAAAACUAUUUGCUAACCAAGCCAGCUGCUCUAAACCAGUCUCAGUAUAAGAGCACGCGUGAGCAUAAUCUCAAAGCUUUAGAGCUAUUCGAUAUGGCAGCAGAAAGUAUUAGCGACGGCGACUUGGUGGAUCGGAUGAUUCAUGGUCCCCAACAACACUGGAGCCUGAUGCCUACUCAUGCAGUCUUUAGCACAGUUCGACCAGCUAGCUUUGUGGCUGGCCAGCUUCUAGCUAACAAUUUCUUCACAGCCUGGCUUGGCAACAACAGCAAAUCCAGCAAGUUGGGUAGAUAUGUUCGUGAAAUUCAUUCGCACAUGCGACUCAGAUCCUCUGGUGACCAUCACGAGAUUCGCCAAGAAUAUUUACCAGUGCUCUGGGUACGGCUUAUCAAAAGACUUGCUGACGAAGGCAAGACAUCUGUUGACGAAGUUAUCGACUUAAUGGACAGCUAUUUUCUCACCAGAGAGGAUUUCGAUUCUAUUAAAGAACUUGGCGUUGGCCAUCAAAGUGAGGAGGGUGUUAGCAUUGAAACCCAGACUAAGUCUACUUUUACUAGGCUGUACAACACGAGGUCCCACCCAAUCCCUUUCAUGAAGGCCAGUAGCGUGGUGGCUCCGAAGGCGGCUCCAAAAGAUAAACCAGAUCUCGAGGAGGCAAUGGAAGGCGACGAUGCAGAUGCAGAUGCAGCAGAGGCCGUUGAGGCAGUUGAUGAUAAUGAUGACGAUGGCGAGAUUGAAAAAGACAAGUAUAUCAAAAAGCCGAAGGCUAAGCCUACAAAGAGGGGCGGUAAGAAAGCAGCAGCAGCUGAGGGCGGAGAUGAAGACGGGAAGCCAGCAAAGAGCCGCAAGGGCAAGGCUGGUGGAGCUAAAGGCAAAGCAAAAAAGUGA